UUAAAACCCCACACUGCCCCACAAGCAAACACAACUUAACUCCUCUCUACAACAAUAUACACCCAUAUUUCCUCCCUUUCAAAACACACACACCAAAUUAAAACAUAACACAAACACCCCCUUAACCCUGGGCUUAAUAAUUAUGGGCACUCUUGUGGGACACGUCGCUCCAGGCUUUGGGUUCUUGUUGAUUGGUCUAUGGCACCUCUUCAACCACAUCAAGCUCCAUGCUCUCAACCCCAAUUCCUACACUGCCCCACCAUGGUUCCCAACUUCCAAGUUCAAGUACCUAGAACUCUUCCUCAUCAUGGUUGCUUCAACAGCCUCAAUCUCCAUGGAACUCUUCAUAGGACCCGACCGCCACCAACCCUUCGACCCAGAUGGAACCAUUCCCUCCAACCAUCUCCACAACUUUGAACACUCUUCCAUCUCCAUGACCUUCUUCCUCUAUGCAGCUUUUGCCAUCAUACUCGACCAAACACGCCCUAAAGCUUACUAUGGUUUAACCCAGUUGCUAGGAGCCAUAGCCUUUGCUCAACAGCUUCUCCUCUUCCACCUUCACUCCGCAGACCACAUGGGGCCCGAAGGACAAUACCACAUGCUGUUACAACUCGUGAUUCUCGUCUCCCUUUCCACCACCCUCAUGGGAAUUGCCAUGCCCAAAAGCUUCUUGGUAAGCUUCGUGCGUUCCCUUAGCAUAUUCUUUCAGGGCUUGUGGCUUAUGACUAUGGGGUUCAUGCUUUGGACACCGGGUUUGAUUCCCAAAGGGUGCUUCAUCAACCUUGAGGAGGGUCACCAAGUUGUGAGAUGCUCUGAUCAUGAUUCACUUCACCGUGCUAAGUCCUUGGUCAACAUUCUAUUCAGCUGGUUCAUCAUUGGACUCACCGUUUUCGCUUUCUCUUUCUACUUGACUUUGGUCAAGUUCUACGGUGAAAAGGUGAAGUAUUUUACUUUGGGGAACGAGGAAGAGGAGGAGGAAGAAGAAGGAGACAAGUUAAGUGACGAUGUUGAGUCCCAAAAGAGAAGCAUACUUGGCAACCCCAAGAGCUUUAUUCACGUUGGGAAAACCUUUUCACCUGUUGACAUAGAAAGGUAGAGUGUGUGAUUAGGGAGGGAUGAAAGAAUUUAAGGUUUAUAAUUUGUUAUUAAUUACUGGUUUGGUUAGGUGUGUGGGUGUACAGUAGAAUCUGGGUGGGAUUCAUGUAUAUUAAUUAAUUAAUUAAGCCAGCAAUAAUGUGGUUGGCUUAUGGAAACUUGUUCAUGUGGGUUAUACUAUUUUUUAGAGGAUAAUGAUUUAAUUUGUUUUAAUUGCGUGUACUUGGGUGAGAUGAUGCCAUGAAGGAUUGUUACUACUGUUUAGUUUUUCUUUGUUUAGUGGAAAUAUGCAAGAAAUUUCCUUAAUGAAUUUAAUUUUGGCUAUCACUUUGGUACAAAUUCCUGUUGUCUUAUGCA